AUGACUCUCGAGGCCACGGACCCAAAGGCCGCGUCCCGCCCGUCCACCGCCACCCUGGAGGGCAUCAAGGAGGCGCUCACGCACACCCUGGUGCAGAAGUUUUCCGCCAAGUUCGCCGACACGUCGGCGCAGGUGCGGUCGAUCAUCGCGGACGAGGUUGCUGGAUUCAUGUCCCUCACCGGGUCCGUGAAGGACUCCGACAUCGAGUCGCUCGAGGGCAGGAUCCGCGACCGCGUGCUGGGGGCCAAGUCCGCCGCGCGCAGGUACAAAGGUCCGGUGAACGACGAGUGGGCCGAGAUCUCCGCCUUUGUCGCCGAGGAGGGCUUAAGGCUCGAGUCCGAGAAGAAGGCUCAGAUCGCGGCGAAAAAGAAGGCGUACCAGGCGGAGCUCGACGCGCAGGUGGCCGCGAAGGCUGCGAAGAAAGAGGAGGCGAAGCGAGCGGUGUUGGCGGAGAAGGCCGAGCAGGAGGCGCAGCUCGAGAAGUGGCGGGAGGAGGAGCUCGCCAAGCUCUCCAAACGGGCGGCGGCGACGGACAGGCUCCUCGACGACCGCCGCGCGCAAAUUGAGGAUUUGCACGCUCGCAAGGCGGCGCAGGCGGCGGCGAAGAAACAGGAGGAGGAGGACCUGAGGCGCGCGCUCGCCGCGGAGUUCCGCAAGAAGACGGCGAAGGAGGAGGAGGAAAAGCGCGUCAAGGCGAUCGAGAUCGAGGCGCUCAAGCGGUCCAACGCGGAGACUCUUCGACUGCGAACGGAGCAGGAGAAAGCCGACGCCGAGCUCGACCUCGAGUACCAGCGCCUGUACGCCGAGAAGCUGCGGAAGCAGGAGGAGGCGUACCUCGAGAACAUCCGCAAGAUGAAGGAGAAGCUCGACGCCCAGUCCGUGGGCGAACCGGUUCCGAGUUACAAGCGGUACAUGCCCGACGACGUCAUCGAGCGCAACGCGAGGAAUUACGACAGGCUCGGCGAGGAACGCGAAGCUCGGGACCUCGCCAGGGCCGAAGCCCUCGCCGCCGAGACCCGGCGGCACCUCGCGGAGCAGGUCAAGUGGAAGCAGGACAAGCUGGACCGCGAGCGCGCCGCGGAAGCGGCCAGGCACGAGCGCUUCGCGCACGUCGUCGACGUCCUCGAGGAUGUCGAAAAGGCGGAGGCUGAGAAGACGCGAAACGCGAGGGUGGCGCAUCGGUUGGAGCUGGAGGCUCAGAUGCGGGACAACCUGACGCGCAAGGCUGUGUUCCCGAUGACGGAGACGGAGAAGUCGCUCAACGCGGACAUGCUGGCGAGGGUGCGGGAGUACAAGACGCUCAGGGCCUCCGCCGGCGAGCACUGAUCGAUCCUUUGCGGUCGGAUGCUGGUAACCAAAUGAGACUCGUCAAUUUCUGGAAUCAAGA